AUGUCACAACGAAUCUACAACAACAUUUCUAUGGGCAUACGGUUAUUCGUACUGGUGAGUUUAAGUUUAAGAAUGAUGACAAUUUACUUGAGGGUUCGGUCUACUGUAAUUUUAUUUUGAAAUUUAUUACUAUACAAGUUAUCUUUCCAGUUACUGUGUGUAAUAUCGAUGAUUUUAAUUAUGGUAGCACCAGGAGUAUGUUUCUGGCGUACUAUCAAUGGCCAACAGACGAGUAGGGAGAUCUGUCCUCCAUCUAACGCUCUCUUUCCUAUGAAUAUCGACCGGUGGAAUACAGCCCUUCAUUUCCAAUUACGAGGCCAAAAGUAAGUUUACAGUGUAAGGUAUCAAAGUACUUUACAGUGUGUGGGGACAACUGGCCAUUAUCAUCUUGUCAAUUCUCAUAGCUCUGCCACCUUUGAUAUUCAGCUGCAUAUACUACACAUCUGGAAAUACCAACAUUACGUGGGUAGGUAACUUUCAUUAUUUACGGGUUUGCAACGAUACAUAUUCGCAUAAAUUUCAAAGUUGCGGUGCUACAUUUAGUCGGAAAGUCUGUAGAAGUGCCAUAUAUGAGAAGGUUUAGGUUAUUUUUAUAUUUUUAAAAUCUUUUUAACCCAUUUUAUACCGUAAUUACUUUAUAUUGUAGCAAGGUAUGGCCUCUUUGUUGGCCCUAAUAGCAUUUCUGGUGUUCGGAGCAGUAGAGACGUGGUAUGCUACUGGUUUCGACCACAUGCCAGCCUUUAUUCGACAGAUCGGCGGAGGUACCUUCAGUGGCUGUGCUGGGAUACCUGGUUGUGAAACCGGUUUCGUAGUGAAAGGAUGGGCUGCGUCAGCUGUGAGUUAUGCUAGUAGUAGAUACAGUAAUGUCAUUUUGAUCAUAAAAUUUGUAGAAUCACAUGUUUUUAAAAGUUUGAUUUUGGAAUAUUUUACAUUAUCCUUUAUAUAUAUACGUAUAUGUAUAUCUAGCCAUAGAGAAGUUUAUAUUGUUAUAGGCAUUCUACUUCUUCUGCUCCUUGUUCUACAUGGCCGACUUGUUCGUGGUGUAUUUGCGGAAAGAAAAGUAGAGACUUAUAUUAUUUGACCUCUCUUACUGUAACUUCGCAUUGUAUUUUGAGUAACGCUUUUUAAUUUGUUGCUUUUGAUUGCUCUGAGUUGUCCUUUAGUAUUUGUGUUUAUAGACUACUUUUACGGUAGAAAUUAGUUUUUUUAUUAGUGUGUUAUGUUAGUAUAUAUAUAGUUAGUCUUCAGUAGCUUAUUACAUUUUUGAUUAAAAAAGAACUUUCUUGAAUUUAAAUUUAUUAUUUUUUAAAUAAUUUUUGGCCUAAAAUUUCCUUUGUAUAUAACAUGAGACAAAAUGAUUACAGUGAAAUUAGAACUCUUAGUUUUUGCUUGUUCCACCAUCAGUAACAACAUACUGAAAGUGAAAUUGCAGUGAGAAACAGCAACGCCUCUUAAUCACGUCGAGCACAGCUCAUGCCAACUUCUAA